AUCGAGUAGUUGGAGUCGUAACGUCACUAAAUUAUUUUAGGGGAGCUUGUAUUUUUUUAUGAUUUUUGUGAUUAUUAAGCUAAAUCUUAAGUUUUUUAUUAUACCUAUUGAUCAAUUAAAUAAUAUCUAAGUCACUAAAACAUUGCAUUAUGUAAAAUGUCUUCGACAGCGGCGGAAGGUUUGAAGAAAAUGGAGACAGAUGUUCCAGUAAGUGGUGGUCAAAAUAUGCAGCAAAUAGAAUCUCAGAAAGUGACAGAGAAUGCCGAUAAAAGCAAAAUAAACAAAUCAGCAGGAGAAGCUCAAGGAAAUUGUUAUUGCGGGAAGGACAGAAACCUUAAUAUAGCGGAAUUGCUGUGUGCAUCAUGCAAUCGCUGGUUUCACGAAUCAUGUAUUGGUUACCAAUUAGGUAAAUUGGUACCUUUUAUGACAAACUAUCUCUUUAUAUGUAAAAAUUGCUCACCUACUGGUUUGGAAACUUUCAAAAAGAAUCAAGCACCAUUCCCACAAAUGUGCCUCACUGCCAUAGCAAAUCUAAAGCAGGAGAGUGUAAAGGAUGGCAGCAACAGGGUACUCUUCAGUAAAGAUAGGGAGAUCAUACCAUAUAUUGAUCAAUAUUGGGAAGCUAUGACCACCAUGCCACGAAGAGUGACACAAUCCUGGUACGCGACUGUUCAACGUGCACUCAUAAAAGACAUUCAAGUUUUGUUCACAUAUGAAGAUGACCAGAUUGACGGACCAAUGUUUGGACUCUUCAAUAUGGAGUUGACUUCAAUCAAACCUAAUUAUGAGGCGAUGAUUAAACAAGGCCAGUUGAAAGUCACUGACAUGGGAAUUGCUACAAUACCAUUAGCUGGCAAUGUGAAGGGGAGACAGGGGAAGCGUCGGCCUGCCGUAACUGGCGCGGCGGACGCCAGCGCACCUGUCGGGAAGAAAGGACGGGGCAACGAAAUCGGUACCCUCAAACUGCCGUCACAUGGUUACCCCACAGAACACCCCUUCAAUAAAGAUGGAUACAGAUAUAUACUGGCGGAACCUGAUCCACACGCGCCGUUCAGACAGGAAUUCGACGAGAGCAACGAAUGGAGCGGUAAACCUAUCCCCGGCUGGUUGUACCGAUCGCUUUGCCCCGGUAUUGUAUUGUUGGCGUUACACGAUAGAGCGCCGCAGUUGAAAAUAUCUGAAGACAGACUGGCUGUCACCGGUGAGAAAGGGUACUGCAUGGUCCGGGCGACUCAUGGCGUGUCCCGCGGCGCGUGGUACUGGGAGGCGUCGGUGGAGGAGAUGCCGGAGGGCGCGGCGGCGCGGCUGGGCUGGGGCCGCCGCUACGCCAACCUGCAGGCGCCGCUCGGCUACGACAAGUUCGGCUACUCGUGGCGUAGCCGCAAGGGCACCAGAUUUCAUGAAUCGCGCGGGAAACAUUACAGCAAUGGAUACGGCGAGGGCGACACCCUCGGCUUCCUCAUUGUUCUGCCUGAUAGCGUAACGACAAAGUUCACACCAAACACAUAUAAGGACAGACCUCUAGUUAAAUUCAAAAGUCAUCUUUACUACGAAGAUAAAGAUAACAUACAAGAAUCUCUCAACAAUUUGAAAUCUCUACCAGGCAGCAAGAUAUAUUACUUCAAGAAUGGCGAGUGCCAAGGGGAGGCAUUCGUGGAUAUAUACCAGGGUUGCUAUUACCCGUCUGUGUCCUUACAUAAAAACGUAACAGUUAGCGUCAACUUUGGUCCGAAUUUUAAAUUUGCGCCAAGCGGUGAUUAUAAAUACAGACCAAUGUCAGAAAAAGCAGAAGAGGCGAUAUGCGAACAAACAAUGGCGGACCUACUUUAUCUCACAGAGAAUGAGGGCAAAUUACGACUGGAUAAUUUUAAUCUCUGAUACAACUAACACCGUUCGACGGUGUGAAAUAUGUGAUCGCAACUUUAAAAGUGAUAAAUUAAUGUGUGAAAUAUAGCUGUAAAAAGUCAUCUUAAUGUAACUGAUGUGCAAAUGUUUUAAAAACUAACCCCAGUUAUUCAAGGGGAAGGGAAUCGUGGUUAAUUCAUGUUGUAUUUGUCACGAUGCGCUGAUUGACUUGGGGGUCUACCAUGAAAUGAAAUUCGAAUUUUCAGACUCAAUUUUGUAUUUUCGUUCAUACCGAAAUCAGCCCAGUAAAUGGAGGUUAAACAAAUUCUACUAUAAAAGUUCAGAGGAAUGAUAUUUUAACAUUUUUAAUAUUUUUAAACAGCGUGUAGUAUGUAAUUUUAACAUCAAAUUUGUGUUUCGUUCGACCCGUUCGACGAUUUCGGAAAAUAUUUCAUGGUAGACCCUUUGCUUUUAUCCACACCUAGCGUCCCUUACUGGUGCCCCGCCAGCGUAUGUUGAUAGCGUGUGCGGGUGAUCAUUCCAUUAUCACCUAUUGAAAAAACCCUUAUUCAUAAAAAUUGAAACCUUUUAUAUACUUAUUUUAACUAUUGUCACAAUCUUCAACGUAAAAACAAAACGCUACUUUACGUUGGUUUAUUUCAGUUUUAUGAAUAAUGGGCUAAAUUUUAUACACUGGCAGCAUGGCCGUAGCUGGGGGUGGGGGGGGCGCAUAUUGUGGGGCAAUGGCCUACCUUAAAAGGCCCAAUGUCCUACUUUAAAAUGAAAGCCCACAAGAAAAUUAGAUUCACAUAUUCAAAGUUACUUAUGGCUUCUGCCCUACCGAAAAGUUCUUUUGUCCUACCUUAAACUUAGGUCUAGCUACGGCCUUGACUAGCAGUAAAUAAUCUGUAAGAUCUAAGACCACUAGGUCGUUUGUAUAUUAACAUUUUGAAAUGUAUCUGCUUUUUGGAGUGAUUAAGAUGUCUAUAUGCGUUAAUAAAAUAACUUGUUAGUUUUGCUGCGUAGUUAAAAAUUAUGUAUUUACAUUUAAAUUUAUGUAAAUAUUCAUUAAAAAGUAUUUUGUUUCAAAGCUCUCAAUUGUAAAUUUGUAUAUUUGAAACAUAAUGAACUGAUUCAUCUUAGUAUUGUUAUCAUGAUCUUAAAUACUGUAAGCAUCUCUACCGUCAAUGUAUUUUAUAUAAUAAGCAAAAAAUUAAAUGAACAAAAUGAAUGGAAAGUAUAAUUAAAUUUACACAAAAUAUGCAUAAUAAUUACAA